AAAAUGGCCGAUUGAAGGGACGUCAAAACUGCUUAGGCGAGUGAUUUCGCUGAAAACGUGUAAAUUUUCCACGAAAACUUCGCGAAAAGUGCAAGUUUAACUAAAGUGACGUGUACUAGUGUUGGUGGUGAAGUGUUCUAGUGAUUUUUUGCGAUAAUAAUUGCAUGGUGAAGCGUAGUAACUAUCGAGGAUUUCUUCCGUUGAAAUAAAUGCACGAUGUGAGGGUAGUGGCAUGUGGGAGGCGGCGUGGUGGGGCGGCGGCGGCGGCGCGCUGGCGGCGCUCGCGCUGCUGCUGCUGCUGCGGGCCGCGCGCAGGCGCAAGCGACCCACGGCGCAGCCGCACGCGCACACUGAACAGGUGCUGGUGUCGCUAGCGCCGGCCGCGCCCGCGCCGCGCCCCUCCGCCGUCCCCGCAUCCCCACCACCCCCCGCUGCUCCCACCCCCGUCUACACAGCUCCGCCACCGCCAAAAGACACACUCGCACUCCUGGCCGCCCCGGCUGACGACCACUCCGUCCCGCAUAUCAUUGUAGUGCACAAUUCUCCCCAGCCUAUCCCUCAUCCCGGACAAGCGUCCCAGCCUGAUCCUUCAGCAUCCGCAUCCCGACCACAGCCGAGUACCUCAGAGUACGCGGGCAUCCCGAAAUUACCCCUCCCCGAGCAGUGGCUGCAUAAAAGACCUUUCGAUUACAAAUACCCAGCCAUCCCCCGUCCUUUAGCGCAGAUCGGAGCUGAUUUGGGUGCUGAGUUGACUCAAGAGUCCCGCGCCAAGAAAUACAGCGCAACCCGCUCUCCGUCUUUGGAGAAGGACGAGAAAUCCCCCUUUCUAUCGAGCGCUAAGUCCGUGGACUCCGACGUGUUCGGCUUCGACCCUGAGAGCGUCAGGAAACUGAGCGAGACGGAGGAAACGAUGAUGUCCCCGAAGGAACCCGAGGAGUCUCCGAGUAACCUGAGGCGGUUCAGGUCUGUGAGUACGAGGCUCAACAUGUGCAGUGUCAACGAGAGUCCGCACGAGACGCAACAGGAACGAUCAGAGAUGCAGAACUCGCCGCGUGUUCUCGAAUGUAGUUCGGCGAAGGAUAAGUCCUCGACGCCAAAGUUCGACUUUUCGCCCAAAAUCUUAGCGGACUGCAUAAGUUCCCCGCGUUUCUUUACGCCGCCCGAAACGGUGUCGCCCAUGUUUUUCGCCGAACCUUCUCCGAAAUCUGUCUACUACGACACGGUUCGAUCCCCGAAAUUCUUUCCAGAAACGCCUCGAGAAGAGAUUACUAUACCGCAAUCACCGAAAGCUUUAGGAGACAAUGUAAAUAGGAACGGAGUUGAGAAGCCCAGUUCUCCAAGAGUGACUACCCUUAGCGGAAGGCCUAGUCCAAAAGUCCAUAGCUACAAUAAAGAGAACUACUUUACAUUCGAAGCUAUGGUAGCUGAGAGCGCGUCAAGAAUGUCUCCACGACCAAGAAAGUAUGGGGGAAGAAACUCCAUAGAACGAGAAAGGUUUACUCCACCAGCCGAUAAAGAUAUCAAGAAAUAUCGUCGACAUAACAGUUGCGAUACGAAUUACAAAAAUAUUGAGUUGAAUGUAACGAAAUGUAACGACAACAAGAUGGAAACCGAAGAUAUAAUUGAAAGUGUCGAUAAGAGUGAAGAUGUGGUCGACUGCUGCGCCAAAAUCGAUUCGUUGCAGAUAGAUGACGCGGAAAAAUCCGAGUUGUUGCCGAGUCCUGCGAGCACAGCUCACGCGAGACGACAGAGGCUGAAAUCUAUAUCCCUAGACUCAGAUAACGCUAAAAUCAUCGAACAAAAUCUUGGAUUGCCUAUCGCUAAGCAGAUGAAGGACCAAAUGAACGAAGCAUACAAAAAUCAGGAAGUCAGCACAUCUUAUGAGAGUAUGGAACGGUUUUCCAAAACGCCUACGAACGAGAAACCGAUUUUUAAGUUUGAUGAAGACGUUAAAGACAAGCAUCAAGAACCGAUCUCACCUGAUCUGAAGAAGAAGAGUUUACGGCAAAGUGAUACUCAGUCCUUCUUAGACAUGCCCAGGUUUUCGCCAAAAGAAUUCGAAAUUACCGUCACUACUGAAGAAGGUUCGACUAUGGCUGCAGAUGUUCAAACGAAACGAAAAGGCAAACCGAAUCUGACGAUAGAUCUUUCAAUCCGCGAUCAGGAAUUGGAGAAGGAACUUUUAGAAUUCGAAAAGCUUUACUCAAAUUCAGAAGAAAAGAAAGUUAAAACUCCUACUCUGAAAGUUAAAUCGACUUCGUUAGACUCUUCUGAGACUAGCAACUUAUCCCUCCCGCAGAAAAAGGCUCUGGACGUCCCACAGAAUUCAGUAUCAGUGCCGAACACUCCUAAGCGGCAGUUAAAACGCAUCCUUGCUCAAAAAUCUAAAGAUUUCACAGGCGGAAAGUUAGGGUUCAACUCCAUACAGAGUAACGCAGAACGUCGCCUUUACAUGAAGGGUCAAGACAGUGGCAUAUUCUUGAGAGAGAACCAUGCAUCUCUGAUGCUGUACCAGCCAGGAUCAUCAAGGAUGGGCUCACGAACGAUGGGGUCUUUCGACGAAAACAUGACCGAAAAUCCACCAGAGAUAAACAUAUCCGGGACAGAUAACAGGAGUUAUGCGGUUGAACCGGGACACACUUUGGGUUCUAACCUUUUUAAACAGAACCUUAGUGUUUCUAGUACUAAUUUGAAGACUUUGCCAGAAGGCGUGCCCUCUGACAACUUCGAGCCAAGUGCGGAAGACGAGAAGAUUACAAAGAAGUUACAUAGAAGGAAUUCUAACCAAAGUCUACUGCUAAGCACACAUAGUCUACAAAGUUCAAACUGUUCGCUCAACAGUUCUGGAGCGUCCUGUCAUAACCUAACCACAGUUAGAACCAGUUUUAGCAAUUUCAGUCUCAACUCUGACUGUCGACAAAAGAAGCUAUCAUUGGAACGAAGGGAUUCGUUAAUAAAUACGGAACAUUUGACGCCAACAACUAGAGUCAUUUGUACGUCAAAUACUAACGUAAGUGGGGAGUCGAAGAACUGCCUUCUACAACGUCGUGGCUCGAAUAACAGUCUGACUUUGAAUAUAUACUCUUCGAAUAACCUGAGCAGACAUUCUAGCAAUAGCUCUUUGAAUAAAGAAGCGAAACCUUUGCAAAAGAAGGGUUUGUUGGAACGCAGAAGUUCAAACACCAGUCUUACUCUAAACAUAAACAAUUCUAACCCCCAACUGUCUGUGAAUCGGGGUUUGAGUAUCUCCAACUACAACCUGAACGGAUCGACUUGUAACUUGAGUAGAUACAACAGCAACCUCAGCAUCGACAAUCCAACAGUCGAACCUAGAAAAGGUAUUUUAGAGCGACGCAGCUCCAACACUUCUUUAACCUUAAACAUCCAAAGACAAGAACCGAGGGAUUUGGAAAUCGAUGAAAACUUAAUCGAACCGAACUUAAAAGACUUGCCGCAUAGAGAUAAACAUAGAAAAUCAUUAAGCACUGAGAACUUAAUACCUAAGUCUUAUAAAUGCCGAAGUAGACGUCCGAAUGAGAAAGGGAUGAGUUUCGGAUCUCACGACAACCUUUGGUCUAAUUCGUAUUCAGAGCCAGAGCAAGAGUACCCGCAAAAUUUGACAUUCGUUUGCGGCGAUCAGGAGAAUGAGAUCAUCUACGCAUUCGGAAGGCAAGAAAACCAGAACUACCAGCCGGGUUUCGUCAGAAAUAUAACGACGAAGCCUCUCAGUCCUCAGACAACUUCAGAGGACUUCAGAUUGUAUUUGGCGAAUAUGCAACAUCUCCAGAACGCAUCAAGGUUGCUAACUAGACAGCAGCUCAGAGAUUUGAGCGCGAUUUUCCAGAAUGGUUACACGGAGGUGCCUUGCGUGUCGAAGGAGCAACCAUGCUGUACCAUCAGGAAGCUGGACGAUAUUUCGAAGGACAAUCCUCAGAUGGCUUUACCAGAUCCGGCGAUGGCGAAUCCUUGUACGGAAUACCAGAAGAAGCUGUUACGCAGUGUACAUCAGGAGUUUUGGGAGAUGCCGACCAAUUUCCAAGAAAAGCCCAUAGUGUCCGGGUCGCAUCCUAAAAAUAGAUAUAAGACCAUACUCCCCAAUGAACACUCGAGGGUCAUUUUGAAGCCAGACGCGGGGUCAGCGACCGAAGGAUAUAUUAAUGCCAAUUAUAUUAAGGGGCAUGAGUACACGAAGAACAGUUACAUCGCGACCCAGGGCCCGCUCCAGAACACGAUCUACGAUUUCUGGCUGAUGGUCCAUCAGAACACGACGGACCAUCGCCUCCAGAACCCCCCGGAACCGGACCAGCCGCCAGGGGUGCAGAAAAUCGUGAUGCUCACCAACUUAUCCGAAAACCAACGGCAAAAGUGCGAGCAGUAUUUCCCUGUGGGACUGAAUGAGGAGAUUACCUUCCACAGUCCAGAAUACACAGAAUCUGCCAGCUUUUUCGACGACGCUGGGCUGUUGAGGAACAGCUUCACCAUAAAAAAUGUUGGUAUGGUCAAAAAGUGCGGGUAUACCAUACGUAAAUUACAAGUGAAGUACAGCAAGCGACAAAAGUGCGAAGUGACUAAAGGAGAAAGUGAAAAAGUGAGCGAGCAAAGUGAUGACAGUGAUAGUGACAUAACAGUGUACCACUAUUGGUUCGACAAUUGGGCUGAUCAUAAGUGUCCUAAGGACGUGAAUGCACUUUUGAAUCUGAGUUUAGACGUCCUAAUAGGCGUAUCAUAUGACUUUGUCAACUCCUUGGACGAGGUUAAUGAACUGUGCCCGUGUGAGAGUCCUAAAGCGGACUUGCAUUUCAUUUACCCCCCUUCGGAAUCCGAAGAGGCGAAGUGUAAGGUUAACAUACCUGAUAUUCCUGUGGUAACGCCGUUGCAGUUCGCUCUAGACCGUUGUCCCCCUACGAUUAUCCACUGCUCAGCUGGUAUAGGCCGGACUGGCUGCCUUAUAGGCAUUUUGAACGGCAUAAAGCAACUGGCCAAUGAGCACAAAGUUGACGUUUUGGGUAUAGUUUGCAAUAUGCGACUCAAUCGGGGCGGUAUGGUACAGAAUUCUGAACAGUACGAGUUAAUACAUAAGGUUCUUUGUCUAUUUGAGCGGGCGUGCUUAGGGUUAUAGCCAGAUUAGAGAUUUCCUAUUUAUUUGUGAUGUGUGAGAGAUAUUACAUCUAUCCAACAUUCGUGGUUAGGAUAUAUAUAAUAUAUAUAAAUAGCCUAUAUACGUCCCACUGCUGGGCACAGGCCUCCCCUCAAUGAACCGGAGGGGGUAUGGAGCAUACUCCACCACGCUGCUCCAAUGCGGGUUGGUGGAGGUGUUAUUACGGCUAAUAGCCGGGACCAACGGCUUAACGUGCCCUCCGAAGCACGGAAUCAUCUUACUUUUUCGGACAAUCAGGUGAUUCAAGCCUGAAAAGUCCUUACCAAACAAAGGACAGUCUCACAAAGUGAUUUCGACAAUGUCCCCAUCAGGAAUCGAACCCGGACCUCCAGAUCGUGAGCCUAACGCUCUAACCACUAAACCACGGAGGCUGUUGUGAAAAUUCGACCUUAUUAAUACUGUACUGUGAUCGUUAUUUGCAGGGUCGCAUGCUGAUUGACGGAAUACCAUUGUAAACCAUAGACAAUUAGUGCCGACGGAAUCAAUCAGCUUACGACUAUACAAAUCGCGAUCACAAUGCUAUAUUAAUAAGGUCGAUUUUUCUAGUUUUCGGCUGUCGGCUGUAAUUUUGUCUAUAGUUUGAUCGUGGUUUUACCUUGGUAUUCCCACGGUAUUCCAUCAAUCAGCGUACGAUCCUAUAAAUAUCGAUCAUAGUGCAGUAAUAAUAAGAUCGAUUUUUCGAAACUUCGUCGGCAAUAAUUUUGUCUAUGGUGUGAUCGUGGUAUUCCCACGGUAUUCCGUCAAUCAGCAUACGACCCUACAAAUAACGGUCAUAGUACAGUAAUAAUAAGGUCGAUUUUUGUUUGAAUAAAAGUCAUGAUUGACGAAUGAUUGGUGGAUAGAUGUAAUACCUCUACCAGUUGAAGUUGUCGGUGGCGCCAUCUGUGUGGCUGUUUUUGAUAUCAUCACCUUGUAGCGUAAAUCCAUUGAUUUACUACUACCGUAGAUACAACGCUUUAUACAAAAAUGCGGCGAAAACUUGUCGCUUGUUAAGCUAUACAUUCGUACACAGCGGUAUAAUACAUUCAAUAAAAUCGUGUCAAAUUAAGAAAGCACGCAUCGUUUUACUACGAAUAUUAGCGCGUGUUGCUUCGUAACGCGGUCGGGUUAUAUUGCGACUCGGAUUGACCGGAAGAACUUGCAUUAGUGUAUUUUAAACUCAAAUAAUAAUUUUGUAGGGUUUUACUGCGAAAAUUAAAAUGUUUAAACUAUGAUGACAUGCACAAUGUCAUUACUUAUUAGAAAUAUGAUGUUCCAUCCUUCUUUUAUAGCUUUGAGUGUCUAAGUUUUUACCACGCACAUUCCCGUGUUGCGAGUUCGGCGCCUAUCGUAAUGGAUGACAUAUUCUUAUAUAUGAGAAAAUAUCAUAACAAACAUACAGAUGGCGCUAAGAGACAAUAAUAUUGACUGCUAAAAUAUUUUAUCACCUUUUAUACUCUGUUUUCCUCAUUCAAUGAAUAAAAGUUAUAUUUAGUACCUAUAUAACAUGGAAUAAUAAUACGUAUAGAACGGACAAACUCCACCCCCCGCACCGAUGAUUCGUCUCGGUGCCGAGAUAGCUUUACGGGAUCAUUUGUCUCGCUCGCACCUACGCUGUAAAGCAGGGAUGUUAGGGAGCUCCGUAACCGAAACUAUCGGAUAUCCGAUACAAAAAAUCAUCGGUAACCGUAACCGAAUCCGAAAUAAAAGUUUCGGAUAAUAUCGGAUAGGUGCGGAGCAUAAUUGAGACACGUUAUGACAAGUUUUGAUCGGCUGGCCACUGCCAGUGCCGCGCGCAUUGAUUGUUUUUUACUUUUGUCGUCAUAACAUUAAUAAAACCACUUUAUUACCGGUUUAAAAAACUGACGACAAUUUUUAUUUUUUUCUAUUUAACUUAUGUAAUAUGAAUAUUUAUAAAAAAAACCUAAUAAUUAGUUCGACAGCUUAUCACGUUGUUCUAUGACGUCACAGUGUGCUUUUUCAUACAGAUUCCAUAGUAAUUUCGUUUUUAGACGUUUGGUAAAAAGUAAUUGGGUACUUGACAGUUUUCGGACAAGUAUUUUAAAAAUUACAAACGCUUAUUUUAUACCUUGUAAAAUAUUUUCUCGAAAACCCUUCUUAUAAUAGGAAAAACUUACUUUUCAUUAUUAAUUUCAAAUGACAAUGGGCACUUUUGUAUGAAACUUGGUCCAAGAACCUCCACUGAUGAGACUUAUAUGUAAUGAAAGCAUAUGCUUUCCCUAUGAUUCUGGCAAAGUUCUAUCAGAUUCUGUCCCGGGGUUCUUUUUUGAUGGCCAUGUUUGUCCUGGCUAAAAAUGUGAUAAAAUACAGUGGGAGCUAAAAUCGACUCAAGAUUUGUUGCUGGAUAACUAAGUCUACAUAAAUAAUUAUGUAUCAUAUUGUAAAUCAUUUUAAAGAGGAUCUUUUCCAGAAUCCGAAACAUAAAAAAAAUAAAAAAAAGUCUUUAUGUCAGCGAAUUAUAGUCAAUUUAUAUCUGCAGCGCCAUUGUUUCUCGGUAGCUAAGUUCAAGUUUCAUGCCUUUUACCCCUUCCAAAAGUAUCUUACCGAUUUUUUUUAUAUUGCUUCCGGAAUUUGAUCUGAGUGAUAAUAACAAGAAAAAUAAAUAGACACCUCUCCGAUAGAGACCGCCUAAGCUGUUGCCUAUUGCAAGAAAUCGUCAUUAUUAGCAAGUCAUUACGGUAUUGCAUAUAAGCUUAUCAGCAACUUGGAACUUGGUCCAAGAACCUCCACUGGUGAGACUUGCAUGUAAUGAUAGCUUAUACUUGUCCUAUGAUUCUGGCAAAGUUCUAUCAAACUCUGUCCUAGGGUUUUUUUACGGCCAUGUUUGUCCUGAAUGUACAGUAGUGGACUGCAAAAUCACCUCAGGAUUUGUUGUCGAAAAACUAUUUAACUAAGUCUAUAUACAUAAUUAUAUAUCAUAAUGUAUAUCAAUUUUAAAGGGGAAGGUUAUCAGAAUCAGAAACACAAAUAAAAAAAAAUGCAUUAUGUAAACGACUUUUAGCCAACUCACGUCCGUAGCACCAUUUUUCUCAGCAGCUACGUACGAGUUUCGCGCCUUCCAACCUUUCCAAAGGAGCCCAAUCAUUUUUUCCUUCUUCUGAUAUUACAUUCUUAACCUGACAAGUGACAACCGCGUAAGCUAUGGACCUAUUGCAAGAUAACGUACUCAAAGGCUAGUCAUUAUAAUCCAACAGACGUAACAUGAUUAGAAUGCGGGAGGACGCAAGUGACAACAACAAGAAAUAAAAUAGAUACCACUCCGAUAGAGGCCGCGUAAGCUAUGGACCUAUUGCAAGAUAACGUACUCAAAGGCUAGUCAUUAUAAUAGGACAAGUAUAAGCUAUCAUUACUUACAUGCAAGUCUCACCAGUGGAGGUUCUUGGACCAAGUUCCAAGUUGCUGAUAAGCUUAUAUGCAAUACCGUAAUGACUUGCUAAUAAUGACGAUUUCUUGCAAUAGGUAAUAGCUUAGGUGGUCUCUAUCGGAGCCGUGUCUAUUUAUUUUUCUUGUUAUUAUCACUCAGAUCAAAUUCCGGAAGCAAUAUAAAAAAAAAUCGGUUAGAUACUUUUGGAAGGGGUAAAAGGCAUGAAACUUGAACUUAGCUACCGAGAAACAAUGGCGCUGCAGAUAUAAAUUGACUAUAAUUCGCUGACAUAAAGACUUUUUUUUUUUUUUUAUGUUUCGGAUUCUGGAAAAGAUCCUCUUUAAAAAGUCUACAUAAAUGAUACAUAAUUAUUUAUGUAGACUUAGUUAUCCAGCAACAAAUCUUGAGUCGAUUUUAGCUCCCACUGUAUUUUAUCACAUUUUUAGCCAGGACAAACAUGGCCAUAAAAAAAGAACCCCGGGACAGAAUCUGAUAGAACUUUGCCAGAAUCAUAGGGAAAGCAUAAGCUUUCUUUACAUAUAAGUCUCAUCAGUGGAGGUUCUUGGACCAGAUUCGCCCAUUCUCCUUUCGCGCGGAAACGAUUGGUCACGUGGUGUUUUACCCAGUGACGUCACAUUUCAACAAGCGAAGAAACUGUCAAACAGUAUAACUUGACAGAUAGUUUUUGUUUAUUUUGUGAAAUGUGACGUCACACACGGAGCUCAAUAAUGGCCGCCCGUGUUUCGGGUCUUGUAAUACACAGAUAAAAAAUAGCAUUCUAAUUUUGUAAAAAUAAAAUAUUAAAUGAUAAACUACCAUUUUCGACAUAUUUCAUAUGUUUUUACAACUGUCAAGUAGACAAUUGAAUUGACUGUCGGGUGAAGGAAGAGUCGAGAGGAAAUAGAACAAAUCUAACUUUUUAUUCAUUGGGUAAGGAAUCACGGUGAAUCAGGAAACCUACGCUUUAAAAGAGGCAUCCUAUAAAUAUUCAGGCCCCAAUUCCUGCAGACUCCUCCUAAUUUUAUUUUAAGUUAUACCCGUCAUUUUAUUAUCCGCCGAAAAGGAAAGGGACGGAUGAUUGUCAACUAUGAAUAACCCGGGCGAAAUAAACAGACAUCUCGCUGGUAUACAAUCCGUUUGACGUCUACUUAACUCUGUCGGGUUAUUGGCCGAUGUAAAUUGUUUUAGACGGUUGUAUUAGAUAUCUGCUUAAAAUUGACGUGUGCUCCAUCAAUUUUAUGCUCGUCGAUUACACGUCCCUUUCUUUUUCAGCGGAUAAGAAAUUGACAGGUAUAACUUAAAAUAAAAUUAGGAGGUGUCUGCAGGAAUUAGCACCAAUGGAAUCUUAAUUUUAAAUUUAAUUAACUAUUUUUUGUUAAUAAGGAAUGGCCAAUUUUUAACUUAGAGGUCUAUAAAUAUUAGUAAUAGUAAGUAUGUUGUUAAAAAAAGAAUUUUAUUUCGCACAACUUGUUUUUAUGUAAAUGACGUGUACAUUACAGUAUUUUUUUUAAUUUCUAGAAGUAAAAAGAUAAAAUAAUUUAUUCAUGUGUAGAUAGACAAUUAAAAAAAUAUAUUGAUUUUAUUUUUUGUCAAAAUAGUCAUAAGGUGUUAGUCAGCAUUUAAAAUUAAAAG